AUGAGUGCGACUUUAGAUCAGAUUGCUUCUCUUUUUGUUGUACAUCUUUUAAAGGCGAUCGCGGUGUUUGUUAUUCUCGUCGUUGCUUUCUUGUUAUCGUAUUCUUGGUUAUGGCGAAUUCAGUAUCCGAUUCAGCUCAACAACCUGACUACAGGCACUGACCAUGCUGGAUUGAUUUUAGUCUCGGAUAGGUUGACUACAGGUGCAAAGUUUAAUUCAUGGCGAAGGUCCAUGCAAAUGUCUCUUAAUGUCAGGAACAAAUUGGGAUUUAUUGACGGUACGAUCUCUAAACCAUCAUCAGAUCACCGUGACUAUGGUUCUUGGAGUCGUUGCAAUGAUAUGGUAUCUACCUGGUUGAUGAAUUAUGUAUCCAAGAAAAUAGGCCAGAGUCUUUUGUUUAUUCCAACAGCAAAGGAAAUUUGGAAGGAUAUUAUCUCUAGGUUUAAACAGGAUGAUGCUCCGAAAGUUUAUGAAAUAGAGCAGAAGCUGAGCUCAAUUCAUCAAGGAGCGAUGGAUGUGAUUGCCUAUUACACUGAAUUGGUAACUCUCUGGGAGGAGCUUAAGAACUAUGUAGAACUACCUGUUUGUACUUGUGGCAAGUGUGAGUGUAGUGCUGCCUUGUUGUGGGAGAAACUACAACAAAGGAGUCGUGUGACUAAAUUUUUGAUGGGUUUGAAUGACUCAUAUGAAGCCACUCAUCGUCACAUCUUGAUGAUCAAGCCUAUGCCAUCAAUUGAGAAUGCUUUUCACAUGGUGACUGAAGAUGAGAGGAAACAGAACAUUGCUAAGCCUACUCGGACUGAUGGUGUUGUUUUUCAAACUUCUGGUCCUCCUACUACAUUUGUUUCUGAUGGUUCAACUUAUGACGGUCCAGCGGAUAAUAUGGCUUAUGCUGUUCAGAACACCUAUCGUCCAAGGCAAUCCCUUCCUCUCUGUACUCAUUGUGGAAUGUCAGGACAUGUAGUUCAGAAAUGUUUCAAGUUACAUGGGUAUCCUCCUGGUUACAUACCUGGUUUCAAGAGUAUUUAUUCUGGUUAUCACUCUCAACGUAUGGCUAAUCCACAGAGUGUUUAA